UCCCGGCGGCGCAGGACAAGAGUCGCUCGUUCUCGCAGUCGGACGUGUGCGACAUGGAGGUGGCGCGACCGGCGGCGCGGCCCGGCUUCACCGUCACCAAGCACCGCAAGGUGGACCUGGGCGGUCGGCUCAACCAGACGGCGCCCGGCCGAGACUGGACCGCCUCGGAGCAAUGCCUGCCAGGUGCAGACGUCGAGGCGCACCGGCGCAGCUCUGCCGGCGUGUUUGGCGAUUCCAACGUCCUACGCAAGGUGGCCAGCCUCACGCACACGGCCAGUGGUCAGAAGGUCGUCCGACCGCGCUACCUGCCGGAGAAACUCGACUUUAAACACUACGAGAAGUUUGAAGGUCAGAUGCUGGUCAACUGGUUCAUCUCGUCGUUUAGCGAGGAGCCUCAGUGGCGACCAGCACUGGGCGAGGCCGAGCUGCGCGCCCUGGCCGGCCAGUUCCUCACGCACAUGCUGGCCGCCGGCGUGCUGCAUCAGAUUGAGGACAGCUCAGCUCCGCUCGAGUCCGUCUUCAGGCCGGACCUGAUGUACUACUGGGCGCACUCGGAGCUGCCGGCCUCCCAGGCGUCGACGCCGCGCCGGCUGCCGUCGGCCGUGUGGUCGGCGUUCAGCCCGGCGGCGGCCCGGCCGUCCGACCCUGACGCGUCGCCGGCGUCCGGACCACGGCUGUCGGGACCGCUGGACCCGGUCACCCUGGACAUGGCCCUGGACCAGGAGCGCCGCGCCCCGGACCGGAAGCUCGACCCAGAUGUUCCGGUCCGAGCGCCUCCCUGCGACCCGCCUGUGGAGAAGGAGGCGCCACCGUCGUCACAGCAGGUGGCGCCACCGGAGCAGUCCAGCGCCGAGGCUCUGAAGCUGGCCGAGCUGGAGGACAAGUUGAAGCUGCUGGAGCAACAGCUGGAGAAGUACAAGACCUUGGCUGGUCUCCAGGAGCUUACAAAAAACAUGAGAACCGACUUUGCUUCGCCAUCGUCCGAGAACAAGGAGCUGCCUCUCGGCGCGGAUCCAGUUGUGUCAAGAACAUCCCUUCCCUCCUCCAAAGGCCCUUCCCCAGCGUCCAGCCCUUCGAAGUCAGUACCAGUACCACCCCUGCCCCCCAAACCCGGCAUCACCGCCCCUCCGCCGUAUAUUCCUCCUCCGCCUCCGCCUCCGCCCCCGCCCCCGCCCCCUCCCGCGCCUGGCUCUGGUUCCAUUCCCCCGCCGCCCCCGCCACCACCCGUGCCGGGCUCUAUUCCACCUCCACCGCCCAUGCCUGGUGCCGUCCCUCCUCCACCUCCGCCCCCUCCGCCGUUGCCGGGUUCCGGUCCGCCCCCUCCGCCACCUCCCCCGCCCAUCCCCGGGUCUGUUCCUCCUCCUCCGCCGCCUCCGGGCUCUGGGCCGCCUCCUCCUCCGCCGCCCCCUGGCGGCCCGUCACCUCUGCCGCCGCCGCCGCCCGGAGGCUGGAGCAGCCAGACGGCAGGCUGUGUGUCUGGCGCCGCUGGCUCCGGCCGAGUGACGCGGAAGGGCCCGGUGAACCCCAAGGUGCCGAUGCGGCCGCUGUACUGGACGCGGAUCCAGAUCCCGGCGCCGCCGCCGCCCCCGGCGGCGCCCGCUCUCCUCUGGGACCGGCUGGAGGAGGAGCCGUUCGAGGAGGAGGAGUUCACCGACCUGUUCGCCAGGCAGGUGGUCCAGAAGAAGCCCGUCAAGAAGAAGGAGGUUAAGAGCCCUAAGAAGCAGGUGAAGCGGGCCAAGCUGCUGGACAGCAAGCGGUCGCAGAACGUGGGUAUCCUGAUCUCGUCACAGCACCUAGAGAUCGGCGACGUGGAGUCGGCCGUGAUGAACUUCGACACGUCCGACCUCAGCCUGGAUCAGCUGGAGCAGAUCCUGGAGAUGAGGGCGACGGAGGACGAGCUGCGCCUCAUUCAGAAGCACGUGGAGAAGAGCCCGGACGUGCCUCUCGACAAGCCCGAACAGUUCCUGUACGAGCUGAGCCAGGUGCCGCACUUCGCCGACCGCAUCACCUGCUUCACCUUCCAGUCGUCGUUCCGCGAGACGCUGGCCAACAUUGAAGCCAAGCUGGACAACCUCAAGGGCACCUGCAAGCUGCUGACAUCAUCCAAGCCGCUGCAACACGUGUUCGGCCUGAUCCUGGCGCUCGGCAACUACAUGAACGGCGGCAAUAGGACGCGCGGCCAGGCGGACGGCUUCGGGCUCGACAUCAUCGGCAAACUCAAGGACGUCAAGAGUAAGGACAACUCCACCACCCUGCUGCACUACAUCGUCAGGAAAUACAUCCAGAACCACGACACGGAGUGUCGGCAGCUGCCGGUGCCCAGUCCGUGGGACGUCGAGCGGUGCCAGCAGGUGAAGUUUGACGAGGUGGCCACCGAACUGCGCCAGCUGGGCAAGGAGCUCCGUGACUGCCAGCGACGCACCGAGAAGGUGGCGACCGCCUCCGACGAGGCUCAUCUGCAGCCCUUCAAAGGCAACAUGGAGACCUUUCUGCGGGAGGCUGACAGCAACCUGCAGGCCCAGCGGAAGAACCUGGAGGACUGCCAGACCAGCUUCGUGGCAAUAUGCGCAUUCUUCCAAUGCACACACCGGAAGGAUAACAAGAAGAUGACGCCCAAAGACUUUUUCGCCAUCUGGGCACCGUUCUGCGCCGACUUCACCGACAUAUGGAAGCGGGAGCAGGUCAAAAUUGUGAAGGAAACGACGAAGAAAAUGAAGCAGAUACAGGAAGACAAGAAG